AUGGCGAACUCUUCAGCAUCAGGAUUCUUGGGUCGCGGGACUACAGGAAAUAAUUCUCACAUGCGGGGACUUGUUCAAUUUAUUGCGGACAUAAGGAAUGCUAGGGCGCGUGAGCUUGAAGAAAAAAGAAUCAAUAAAGAAUUAGCCAAUAUUAGAGUUCCGAUACCAGAUGGAAGUCUCAGUGGAUAUCAUAAAAAAAAAUAUGUUUGCAAGCUUCUUUACAUCUACAUUUUGGGAUGGAACGUCGAUUUUGGACAUCUUGAGGCCGUGAAUCUCAUCUCGGCAAAUAAACACUCCGAAAAGCAGAUUGGUUAUCUUGCGAUGACUCUUUUCCUACACGAACAGCACGAACUAUUGCAUUUAGUUGUAAAUAGCAUCAGAAAGGAUCUUGAAGACCAUAACGAAUUAUUCAACUGUUUGGCAUUAAAUGCUAUUGCAAAUGUGGGUGGUAGAGAGAUGGGCGAAGCUCUGGGCGGCGAGGUACACCGACUUCUAAUUUCACCAACUUCUAAGUCUUUCGUUAAAAAAAAAGCUGCUUUGACGCUUCUCAGACUCUAUCGAAAGCAUCCUGAUAUAGUUCAGGCUCAAUGGGCUGAACGCAUUAUUUCUAUUAUGGACGACGCUGAUAUGGGUGUUGCAUUAUCUAUCACAUCGCUUAUUAUGGCUCUUGCGCAAGACCAACCAGAUCAGUAUAGAGGCUGUUACAUUAAAGCCGCUUCUAGGUUGAAAAGAAUUCUCGUAGACAAUGAGUAUGCCUCCGAUUAUCUAUACUAUAGAGUACCAUGUCCAUGGAUACAGGUCAAGCUAUUGAGAUUGUUACAGUACUAUCCUCCGUCUGAAGAUAAUUUUGUGCGAGAUUUAGUCCGUGAGUCAUUACAAAAAAUCCUCAAUUUAGCAUUGGACAUGCCAAAGAACGUGCAACAAAAUAAUGCGCAAAAUGCUGUUCUAUUUGAAGCAAUCAAUUUGAUUAUUCACCUUGACACUGAGCAUGCGCUCAUGGAGCAGAUAUCGCUCCGGUUAGGAAAGUUUAUACAGUCAAGGGAGACGAAUGUAAGAUAUCUUGGUCUAGAAGCCAUGACCCAUCUGGCAGCACGAGCCGAGACCCUGGACCCAAUAAAACAACACCAAGCUAUAAUAAUUGGAUCAUUAAAGGAUAGAGAUAUUAGUGUUCGACGAAAAGGCCUCGAUCUCUUAUAUAGUAUGUGUGACCAGUCCAACGCUCAACAAAUUGUUGGUGAUUUAUUACAAUACUUACAGAGUGCGGAUUUCGCUAUACGGGAAGAAAUGGUCCUUAAAAUUGCUAUUCUGACAGAGAAAUAUGCUACUGACGUCAAAUGGUAUGUCGAUAUUUCAUUACGACUUAUCUCUAUGGCAGGUGAUCACGUCAGUGACGAAGUUUGGCAUCGCGUCAUCCAAAUUGUGACGAAUAACGAAGAACUUCAAGUAUAUGCCGCUCAGAACAUUUUACAGUAUGUCAAGGCGGAUCACUGUCAUGAAACAUUGGUAAAAAUAGGCGGCUAUAUCCUGGGCGAGUUUGGUCACUUGAUAGCUGAGGACCCUGGCUGUAGCCCGAUCGAACAAUUUCUCGCUCUCCAAGGCAAACUACAAGGAUGUGCAUCAAGCUCACAAGCCAUAAUCCUCUCCUCAUUCAUUAAGUUUGUUAAUCUUUUCCCAGAAAUAAAACCUCAGCUCAUGUACGUCUUCAAAGCCUACAGCUAUACUCUGGAUUCAGAGUUACAACAACGCGCUUGCGAAUAUUUGGCCCUUGCAAGCUUUCCUACUGAUGAUCUUCUGCGUACCGUCUGUGACGAGAUGCCGCCUUUCCCCGAGCGGCAAUCAGCACUUCUCUCUCGUCUUCAUCGAAAACAUGGUACUACUGGUGACAAAAGAACAUGGGUAGUUGGUGGAAAGGACGCUAAUACGAAUGAGAAAGAUUUUGCCGUGAAGAAUUUAGAUUUAAAUCGUGUUUCUGGAAAGAAUACCGCACCUCAACCCUCUCAAGAUAAUCCGGGAAUCUUACUUGGCAAGGAUGGUUGUAGUAAUGGAGCUAGUGACUUGAUUGGGUUGGAAAUUCUAGAUUCCGAGCCUCCAGAGAAAAGGUUUACCUCAGCGCCCAAUAUGGCCACUGCGGCUCAUCUUUCUCCUGGUUGGGAAGUUGGAUACAAUAAGCUUCUUAUUAAAAUGGAAGGUAUCUUGUACGAAGAUGGUCAAAUACAAAUUGGUAUUCGGUCAGAAUAUCGCAGCCAAAUGGCUUGUAUCAUCAUUUAUUUCUUGAAUAAGGCUCCAACUUCUCUUACAUCAUUUACUACAACUAUUUAUCUAGAUCCACCGGAAAAAGAAAAAAUGCCUUGGGAGAUUAAAGGGCUUCCCGAAACUACUAUUCACAAUGGAGCGCAAACUCAGCAAACCAUCAUGUUUGAGGCGAAACGCAUCCCUCUUCAAAGUCCCACUAUUCGCAUCAGCUAUCUUGCAGGAGCGCUACAAGCCCUUACACUAAAACUUCCCAUCACAGCUCAUAAAUUCAUGGAUCCAACAGAACUUUCUGCUGAGGAUUUUUUCAAACGCUGGAAGCAAAUAGGAAGUGCUCCUCGAGAAGCUCAACGCAUAUUUGGUUUACGUGGUGGAAAAGAUGGAGACCGCGAAUUGAAUGAUUCAUUCAUACGGGAGAUUGUCGAGGGAUUUAAAUGGGGCAUAUUGGAUGGAGUUGAUCCCAAUAAGAAAAAUUUUGUUGGCGCAAGUGUUUUGUAUACCGGUGAGGGCGGUAAAUUUGGCUGUCUUUUAAGGUUAGAACCAAAUUAUGUCACGCAAAUGAUUCGGCUUACUAUCAGAGCUACAGAUGAUAGUGUUCCAAGCAUUCUCAUUAAACUUAUGGAAGACAGGCUUGCAAUUGGUGCAAGCACAGUUCCUGAAGUUCAUGAAGUUCCUACAAAGAAAGAUAUGAAGGAGGCGUUUGGAAACAUAAUGGUGAAAUAA